GGGCCUGUCCUCUGUUCCUCUCCUUAUUUGGAACUUCAGGUGAUAAGGCCGAGACAUAAAGGAGACUGGGCCCUGCCUCCACGACAGCAGCCACACCUCUGCAGAGAGAAUGGCCAGCAGGAAGGCGGGGACCCGGGGCAAGGUGGCAGCCACCAAGCAGGCCCAACGUGGUUCUUCCAACGUCUUUUCCAUGUUUGAACAAGCCCAGAUCCAGGAGUUCAAGGAGGCUUUCAGCUGCAUCGACCAGAAUCGUGAUGGCAUCAUCUGCAAGGCAGACCUAAGGGAGACCUACUCCCAGUUAGGUGCGUGCACCCACCUCCUACCCAGCCCCACCCUGCACACCGGGGUCCCUGCUUGGAGCUGCAGGGUGGGUGGGAGUGGCUGGGGGGACAGCACCCUGGUCCUCUGCUUCUCCUCCUCCCCGUCUCCUCACACUGCCCUUCCCCUCUUGUCACACCUUCCUUUAAUUUCAUCUCCCCAGCCCCUAUGGCCAGGAUGGAGGGAGGGCAGCCUGGGCCCUUCUGGGGAACACCCAGGGUCCCUGUGUGCACCUUAUUCCCCACCCCCACCAGGGAAAGUGAGUGUCCCAGAGGAGGAGCUGGAUGCCAUGCUGCAGGAGGGCAAGGGCCCCAUCAACUUCACUGUCUUCCUCACGCUUUUUGGGGAGAAGCUCAAUGGGACAGACCCCGAGGAAGCCAUCCUGAGUGCCUUCCGCAUGUUCGACCCCAGCGGCAAAGGGGUAGUGAACAAGGAUGAGUUCAAGCAGCUUCUCCUGACCCAGGCAGACAAGUUCUCUCCGGCUGAGGUGGAGCAGAUGUUUGCCCUGACGCCCAUGGACCUGGAAGGGAACAUCGACUAUAAGUCCCUGUGCUACAUCAUCACCCACGGAGAUGAGAAAGAGGAAUGAGGGGCAGGACCAGGCCCAUGGGAUCACCUCAAUAAACUCUGUUGCCAAAUUGGAA